AAAAGACAGCUGAAAUAGGUGGCGGCUGUAUUUUUAUUGGUGCGGUUGCAGGAGAGUCUCCGGCGUGAUAAUCUGCGAACUGUCCACAAAUCGGAUACUUCCAUGGCUUUCCUUCGCAGACUUCUUCCUCUCCGGCCUUCUUUUCUCGGUGCUAACUAUGCUUAUGGCGGUGUUCUUGGAGGUACUUGUAAUGAAUUCCGAAGAUACAGUGCUAGAGUAGCGUCUGAAGAGACGAGAGCUUUGAAAUUCGAGGAUGACCAGUUACCAGGAGACGAGAUAUCGGAGAUCAGACGGGAAUUCAAUGAUGCUAAACAGAGAUUUUUCAAGAUUCCUGAAGGAUUGAAGGAUAUGCCCAAGUUGAAUCCCCAUGGUAUAUACGUCAAUAAGAAUCUAAGGCUGGAGGAAAUUCAAGUUUACGGGUUUGAUUACGACUAUACUUUGGCGCAUUACUCUGCUAACUUGCAGAAUUUGAUCUAUGAUCUUGCAAAAGAGCAUUUGGUUAAUGAGCUUAAGUAUCCGGAAACUUGCUUGGAGUUCAAAUACGAUUACACAUUUCCCAUCAGAGGAUUGUCUUAUGACCAAUUGACCGGAUAUCUUUUGAAGUUGGAUUUCUUUGGGUCAGUAGAACCUGAUGGGUGUUACUUUGGCCGGCGAAAGCUCACCAACAAGGAAAUACGAGAAACUUAUGGAACAAGACGUGUUGGACGUGAUUAUGCACACAGACUUGUUUCCUUGAUGGAUUUCUUUUGUUUUAGUGAGGCCUGCCUUAUUGCUGAUAUUGUGCAACAUUUCGUUGAUGCAAAGCUAGAGUUUGAUGCUUCCUAUGUUUAUCAAGAUAUAAAUCGUGCAAUUCAGCAUGUCCAUAGAAGUGGCUUGGCUCAUCAGGGAAUUUUGUCCGAUCCACACAAAUAUCUAGUUAAAAAUACAGAGUUACUUCGCUUCCUUAAGAUGCUAAAGGGGAAAGGAAAGAAACUUUUCUUGCUAACGAAUUCACCUUUCUAUUUCGUGGAUGGAGGGAUGCAAUUCUUAUUGGAGGAUUCUCAGGAUCAUAGUGACUCUUGGAGAGAUCUUUUUGACGUGGUGAUUGCUAAAGCUAAUAAACCUGACUUUUAUACAUCUGAUCAUCCAUUUAGAUGUUAUGAUGUAGAAAGGGACACAUUAGCUUUCACAAAGGUGGAUGCUCUACUUCCAGAUAAAGUAUACUACCAUGGGUGCCUGAAGUCUUUCCUUCAAAUAACCAAAUGGCUUGGUCCAGAGGUGAUAUACUUUGGUGAUCAUCUUUUCAGUGAUUUACGCGGACCUUCCAGGGCUGGUUGGCGUACAGCUGCCAUCAUCCAUGAGUUAGAGAAUGAGAUAAGAGUACAAAAUGAUGAUAGUUACCGAUUUGAACAGGCUAAAUUUCACAUAAUUCAAGAACUUCUGGGUAAAUUGCAAGCAACCGUUACUAGUGAGCAGAGAAAUGAAACAUAUAAAUCUCUGCUUUUUGAUCUAAAUGAGGAGAGGAAGAAGAUACGUUCCUCAAUGAAAAAGAUGUUCAAUAGAUCAUUUGGAGCGACAUUCCUCACUGACACUGGUCAGGAAUCUGCAUUUGCUUAUCACAUUCAUCAAUAUGCUGAUGUGUAUACGAGUAAACCUGAGAAUUUCAUGUUUUAUCCUCCGGAGGCAUGGCUUCACGAACCAUUUGACAUAAAGAUAAUGCCACACAACGUAAAGGUUCCUUCAAGCUUAUUAAAGACUGGGUAGGUGGUAUUUGAACAUAUGAUGAAUAGCAACUUGUGGCUGGGGGAGUAUAUAUAUAAUAUAGGCUGACUACUGACUACAAAUCAUUCUUUGUGUACUCAGAGAAGUGUAAUUUGAGAAUAAUGGUAUGCCAAGUCUCUCUAAUUAUUAUUUAAUGUCAUAUUCUUCUUCACUACUGUUGCAUGCUUUUAAUCUUCUAAAAUGGUGAAUAUUUUUGACCUUUGAAGUUGGUAAUGGAUUCGGAUCAAUGGACUCUUCCGAGGAUUACUAAAGCUAUUUAUUCAUUGCGAAAAGAAAAUCAUAUUUGUAUAGUAUUAGUAUUCUACCAUUUAUUCUGUAUGUUGAUUUCCUUUUUCUUUCUAAGGUUCAAAACAUUUUGAUUACAUGUACUACUAUAUUCUUUUUAAUGUCAA